GCGAUGCCUUAUAUGCUGUUUAUAGCAGGGCUGCAUCCGCAAAGGAGUUAUGAACUACACUGUCCAACAAAUAUCAGGCCGAGGACGCCGGUGCGAAGAAAUUCGUUGUCGGUAAGGUCUUGGAUUUUAAGAUGGUGGAUUUCAAACCCAUGGUCAGUCAAGCUGAAGAAUUGAUUCUCAUUUUUAAUGAGUGCACUGACGAGGGAAUGGGAGUCAGUGAGGCAUUCCAAGUGGCGGCGAUUAUUCAUGUGCUCCCGCCGGCUUGGGAUGAGUUCCGGAGCUAUCUCAAGCUCAAACGGAAAGAAAUGACUUUAGAACAGUUGCUUGUUCGUCUCCGGAUCCGUGAAGAGGGUCUCACUCGCGAGAAGAAAGUAGCUGUUGCUAAGGCCAAUGUGGUGGAGCAUCCACCCAACGAGGGUUCUUCCAAAGGGCCCAAGCCAAAUAAGGACAAGAAGAAAAUUGGUCCUAAAGGAGGCGUCGUGAAGCCCAAGUUCGCGGGGAAAUGCUACAACUGUGGCAUUACGGGCCACCGUUCUUCAGAGUGCCGCAUGAAGCCUCAGAAGAAGAAGCAGAAGAAGGAAGAAGCUCUCUGCUCGGAGCUAGAUGCCAUGGAUCUUUGUGCUGUCGUGACAGAGGUCAACCUGGUCGGGUCUAACCCGAAAGAGUGGUGGGAUAAAGCGAGGUCACUGUGGGGGCGGUACCGGAACCUUCGGUCAGUCCCUUCUGUUCCUGCUGAAGACAAUGACUCCCGAAAUUGAUAAGAUUUUCAACCGUGGGGAAUUGUUGGAAUUUUUGGCAUUAAAUGGACCAACUUGGG